AUGCUCUGCGUGUGUUGGUGUCUGUCUGGUGAAGAGUUGGUCGUGCUGCCGUCGGAGGAGUUGCCUGACGUCAGGACAUUGAAGAAAGUGUUGCAUGAACGUCAUGGAGCCCCACCACGGUUCCGGCAGGCCAUUUUGGAGAAUGGCUGCAGGAUGGCAGAUGAUUGCAGCCUCAUGCAGGUGACCCAAGUGCAGUUGCUGCUUCUUGAUUUUGUGCCCUGGUCUGAUGGGCAGGUAUUCGAGAUCUUCGAAUCCGUUGACGGGAGCAAUCCUGAAAGGCUAGAGGACAUCUUGCAGCGUCCUACGGAUCCGAAUGUUGCUAGUUUUUUUGCGCAGCCCUUCCAUAGAACACCGCUUUUAUAUGCUGCCCAUCGCGGGCGCGCUGCGUGUCUGGAUUUGCUGCUGGAAGCUAGUGCUGACACAGAAAUGCGAGCUGAUGAUCGUGGGAUACAGUGGAUCACGCCGCUUAACUGUGCAGCAUAUUUUGGCCAUGUUCAGUGCGUGCGUAGCUUGCUAUCACAUGGUGCUGACAUGCAUGCGGAAGGAACCACCCGCUGCCCCGGUGGAAUUGUCCACACUUCUUCUCUUUGCCUUGCAUGCAUGGCUGGCCAUGAGGAUGUGGCACUUUUUCUGGUGCAGUCAGGGGCUGCGAGUGACUUGCGGGAGCUACUCCGAGCUUUGCGUGCUGCCCGCAGAGGUGGAUUGCAGACAUCAGAGCUUGUGCAGCUGCUGCUGCAGAAGCAGCGUCGGAAGGCUUGGUCUGCCGACGACGAGCAUGUCACCUUCACAGCAGGAGAGCCGGGCGUGGAAGCGGGCGCGGAGGUAUUCAACAACUAUGGUGAUAAGAGUAACGAAGACUUGUUGCUCAUUCACGGCUUUGCCUUGCUGGACAACAUCUUCGACACAUAUGGCUUGUGGCUCUCGGUCCAGGUCUCGGAGGAGCCGCCAACGCAGCGGCCAAAGAAGAAGCGAAGGGCGUCGCCGAAGACUCAGCGGAUUGGACCUUUCCUCCUCCGUCGUUCUGAUCCCCGGUGGGACCAGUUCCCUGCAGAACUUUGGCUAGCCCUGUCUUCGGCGAGUAGCCGAGAGACACCGGCCGCGGGCGAGGGCGCGACGCACCUGGCAGUUGAACCCGACCAUCUGAGGGCGCUGUCCUCUUUGCUGCAACAGCGCCUCGAGGACUUUACAGCCACGAAGACGCGGGACCGGCACUUCGCCUCCGGCGGCGCUGCAGAGGGCGGAGCUUUGGAUCCACGAAUCCGGUACAUAGCGCGCUACCGCGAUGGCCAGCGACAAGUCCUGGAGGAUUGCGCGAAGGCGCUGGACGAAAUGCUGUCUCAGCUGCCAGAAGAACCGGAGGCCACCGCAGAUGAGGAGACAGUCUCGCAGUUCUUGGACCAGUAUUUUGGAUAUGGCUGGGCGCGCUGGAGAUGUCCGUUUGACUACGUUCCUGACUACACUCGUGGUGAAUACAGCACAUCGGAGUUCGCAGUCCUGACUGCCCAGGUGGAUGACUUCCGAGUGGACGACUUCUUCGAUGUUGAUGAUCUUUGGUCAUGGUGGCUUCCGAUUAAUGGAACCUUCAUCUGGGCAAUGUACACCCCUCCGGAUACCGACAAUGGCAUUCGCACAGUCAGCUUUUGGAAGAUCGUCCGGAGCCAGCAGAACGGCCGCUACGUUCAUAUCGGGGACAACUAUGUCUGGCAGCCCGCGGACAAUUCGCAGUUCAACCCAGAGUAUGCCGAGCGCGAAGUCCUGGAGCCGAAUUGGUGCAUACAGUCCAUUCCUGGAAUCCAGAAAUCCUACAUGCAAAUUGGGAAAUGGACUUGCAACCGCAUCGGUGUUGCCACCCCAGAGUUUCGAAAGCGCAAGAUCUUCAUUCUCGAGAUGACCCACGAACCAGGCCGGCACUCCCAGCGCAGGCCAUCUUUGACUUUGAUCAAAUUUGACAACACGACGAUCCCUGAGGAGCUGUUGAGAUUUGUCAAGUACGCACAGUACUAG